AUCAACUUCCGGUUUAUUUCUUUUUCAGAAAAAUGCAGAAUUAUUUCAUGUGGGAGAUAAAACAGUAUUCCAUUCUAAACGACUGUAUCCUGAACAAGUGAAUGGCAGAUAUAACAUCUACUAGGAUGUCUGGAAGUGAAUUACGGAAAAGGAUAUGCGACCGUCUCUCAUCAGAUUUGCUCGCAGCUGAUCUCCAGCUGAGUUUCCUGGCUGCCGCCCUGUCGAGCUAUCGGUUUGACACAGUGCUCAGACCUGUUCCACCUAUGUUUGAUAAUGGAACUGAUGACAAAAAUUACAAGGGGAUUGAGCUGGCCCUUGGUGCCCUGAGCGAGUAUGGAACUCUUAAAGAUCUAAAACAAGGCUUAAUUAGCCAAUCAACAAACAACCAAACAGGUCCAACAAACAAUCAAGAAGAAACUAUACUGAAGUUAAUUGAUUGGACCAUUAACAAUAAGAAUGUCACAGUUCAUACUUUAGAGAAGAGUAAGUUCUCGGAGAUCAAGGACCUGACAAAACAAAGUUAUCAUGAAACUCCUGCACCAAACUACAUAUUUGAGGUAACCUAUAACGAUGUGCUCAAUGCAAAGUUUGACGAGCUUUGCAACGGAAAGGAAAUGUUUUAUGGUUACCAUGGAAGCAGGGUAGAAAACUUCCACUCUAUUCUUCAUUAUGGACUUCACUCACACAUGAAUAAAGUUGCGUUAUAUGGAGAAGGGACAUAUCUCAGUAGCGAACUAUCCGUGUCAAUGUCCUACAGUCCUGGGGGUAAGGCUUGGGAGUCAAGUUUGUUAGGGGAUACCCUAAGUUGUGUAGCUGUCUGCCAGAUCAUUGAUCACCCUUCUGUUAAGUGCCAAGUAAAAUCAUCAAGUGAAGCAGGGAGAAGCAGGUCACGCUCCAGGGCAUCAGAGAGUAUUGGGGGAGAUGUACCAGAUAAAUACUAUGUUGUGCAGAACAAUGAUGCACUGAGGUUAAAAUAUGUACUCGUCUAUGCUCAAAAAUCAGCACCUAAAAGAUUCAAGGAAGUUUCAUGGAUGUACGAACAUAGGUUUAUACUUAUAAUGGGUUUCUACAUGUUGAUCCUCCUAGCAGUUGGACUAGCUAACUCAAAGACAUUUCAGAGUUUUUGGAGAAAAUGGAGGUAGCGCUAGUGUUAGGCUACGCCUCUGAAGUAAUGAUGCAGGGUUCUCCCCAGAACAGUUUAAGUUUCUAAAAAUAUGGCCUUUCCACUUCCAAUAUUGUAACUCCACAGAUUUUCUCCAAAUAUUGAUGGUUUUCAACUAUGAUGUCAUAAUGGGAUUUCUCAAGGAAUGACAUUGUAUUUUUUGUUUGGAUGAAACGUGUGUUAAUAUAAAUUUGUUUUAUUGUUGGUUAUCCUACAUUUUAAAGACAACUGUGUAUUGUGAGCAUUUGCCUGUAGUGUCAGUGUAGUAGACUUCCGUCCACUGGUGUCUAUACAAUGCGGUGAUAACUGAGUGACAACAAUUCUACAAAUCACAAAGUGUUCUUUUUUAUUACUUAUAGAUUCAUUGUACAGACCUAUUGAGUACUAGAGUUUGUCGUUAUGACACCCUGGAUGUUUGACUAAUUCGGUUUGUGAUUUUUCUCAAAAGUACUUUUGAAGUCACACACAUUGUAUAGUUAUUCGAAAAAUGACAAUGGUGGCAGUGUGUUAGCAAUGUAUACAGAUAAAAUGAAUUACUCAACAUUUAUAAACACAUUUUAGGAGGGGCGUCAUUACUAGAAAAUCUCGAAAUAGAUUUCAUAAUUUACAUUGUAUUAUGCUCAGAAAAAGAUAGUGUCUUCCAAUAUUAAUUUGUGAAUACUUACUACACGGACAGUGGAAAAUGGCAAAACAGUCAUACAAACAUGUUUGACCUCAAGUUAUUGACUCUUAUAUCAGUCAUACUGUUUUACCUUUUAAUACCUCCUUACAUUAUACAUUGACAAACAGUGGCAGCCGUCAUGAUACAUAGAUUUUUUAGAUUUAUGAACUUUAUUACA